AUGAAUGUUCUCGCAAGGUCUCUCGAUAUAGACUACCUGAGCUACGGUGCCCUCCUCACCGGUCUCGAGAGCGCCUCUGUCCACGACGCCGUUGCAGAGCGAGGCUAUGAUAUGCAAACCAACUUCCUCGGCAUCCCGCCCCACCUCGGAUUCUUCUCGCAAUGGGCACCUUCUCACACGCGCGCCGCGUCGAGGCUGCUGGGGAGGAGGAACGAGCUUGCUGAGGCGGCAAUUUUUGCGAGUUUCAUCUUUCUUCAAGCUGCGAGAAUUUGGGUACAUAUGUACUGUAUGUUGGAAACCGUCCCUACGGAUGAAGGUCAGUUUCUGAUCAUGACUGGAGUCACGAGACCAGCUUCUCCUGAUGAGGCGUACAGACUACAGACAUCCCCACGAUGUUGUACCGGCAUUUGCAGCGGCUCGGUGGAACGGCAGGGGAGUUUACAUACAAUCCUGCAGGUGGUUCAUAUGGAAGUCUUCUUGGGACCUUCCUUGUGCGGGGUAGUGGAGGGCCAAUCAAGCCUCCAUUUGGGGGACGUAUCCCAAGCGGCUGGUCCUUAUCAUCAUCCCACCUUUUUCGCAGGUGGCCGCCGGUCCAGGCCCGUGGGCGGCGCAAACGGCCGCUUCCUCACUAUCGAAGACGGCCACCUACCUUUGAUCUGGCCGAGAGUCACCAACAAUCUUGUCAGGAUGCAUCUCGUUCCCAAGGAGCUCGAUAAGCUCGUCAUCUCUCAAUUAGGCUCCCUGGCUCAACGGCGGCUUGCCCGGGGCGUCAAGUUGAACCACUCUGAAGCAACGGUACGAAUACCUUCUUUUGCGGUGCUAUCACCGCACUCAGAGUUUGUAUGCACUAACACGACUCAACCGCAGGCACUCAUCGCCAGCAACUUGCAAGAGCUCAUCCGCGAUGGUAACCACACCGUGGCCGAUCUCAUGAGCUUGGGUGCCACCAUGCUAGGGAGGAGGCAUGUGCUCCCCACAGUCUGCAGUACCCUUCAUGAGAUUCAGGUCGAGGGCACCUUUCCCUCAGGGACCUAUCUCGUGACUGUUCACAACCCCAUCGCAACGGACGAUGGUGACCUGGCGCGCGCCUUAUACGGCAGCUUUCUCCCCGUGCCCAGCAACGACCUCUUCUCGAUGCCCGAAGUCGCGGCGUACGAGCCUAAGAAGGCACCCGGCGCCGUUGUCACCGCGGUGCGCAAGGUCGCGCUCAAUGAGAAGCGCAACCGCAUCAGGCUCAGGGUGAAGAGCAAGGGGGACCGCCCUAUCCAGGUCGGCUCGCACUACCACUUCAUCGAGACAAAUCCGCAGCUCGAGUUUGACCGUGAAAAGUCGUACGGCUACCGGUUGGACAUCCCCGCCGGAACCUCAGUACGUUUUGAACCCGGUGACGUGAAGACGGUGACGCUCGUCGAGAUUGGAGGCCACAAGGUCAUCCGCGGUGGCAACAAGCUCGCCUCAGGCGGCGUCGAGCUCUGGCGCGCAAAGGAGAUUGUGGAGAAGCUUCAGCUGGCCGGUUUCGCCCAUGCGCCGGAGCCCGAGGCUGUCAUGAACUUUGCCGAGGUCUACCAGAUGGAGAGGGCGGCGUACGCGACAAUGUUCGGCCCCACCGUGGACGACCUGGUCCGGCUCGGCACCACCGAUCUCUGGAUCAAGGUGGAGAAGGACUUCACCGUAUACGGCGACGAGUGUAAGUUUGGCGGCGGCAAGACGUUGAGAGAAGGCAUGGGUCAGGCAACGGGCCGGCCGGAUUCGGAGUCUCUGGAUAUGGUCGUCACCAACGCGCUCAUUGUUGACUGGACGGGCAUCUACAAGGCCGACAUUGGUGUGAAAGACGGUAUGAUUGUGGGUAUCGGGAAGGCGGGUAAUCCGGAUGUCAUGGACGGCGUGACCCCGAACAUGAUUGUCGGUAGCUGUACAGAUGUCGUCGCUGGCGAGGGCAAGAUUAUCACCGCCGGCGGCAUUGACACUCACAUCCACUUCAUCUGCCCACAACAGGCAAACGAGGCCGUCGCGUCAGGAAUCACCACCAUGCUCGGAGGUGGUACGGGACCAAGUGCCGGCACGAGCGCCACAACCUGUACGCCCGGCAAAAACUACAUGCGCGAGAUGCUUCAGGCCUGCGACACGUUGCCCCUGAACAUUGGCAUCACAGGCAAGGGCAACGACUCGGCGCCCGAGGCCCUGCGCGACCAGGUCAUCGCCGGCGCCUGCGGCCUCAAGCUCCACGAGGACUGGGGCACCACGCCCGCGGCCAUCGAUACGUGCCUCAGUGUCUGCGACGAGCUUGACGUGCAGUGUCUCAUCCACACCGACACGCUCAACGAGUCGGGCUUCGUCGAGUCCACCAUCAACGCCUUUGCCGGGCGCACCAUCCACACCUACCACACGGAGGGCGCCGGUGGUGGCCACGCCCCCGACAUUAUCUCCGUCGUCGAGCACCCCAACGUCCUGCCGUCGUCGACGAACCCGACCCGGCCCUACACCCGCAACACCCUGGACGAGCACCUCGACAUGCUUAUGGUCUGCCACCACCUUUCCAAGAACAUCCCCGAGGACGUCGCCUUUGCCGAGUCGCGCAUCCGCGCCGAGACCAUCGCGGCCGAGGACGUGCUCCACGACCUCGGCGCAAUUAGCAUGAUGUCGUCCGACUCGCAGGCCAUGGGCCGCUGCGGCGAGGUCGUCCUCCGCACCUGGAACACGGCGCACAAGAACAAGGUCCAGCGCGGGUUCCUGCCCGAAGACGAGGGUACGGGCGCCGACAACUUCCGCGUCAAGCGCUACGUGAGCAAGUACACCAUCAACCCGGCUGUCGCGCAGGGCUUCGGUCAUCUGGUGGGCAGUAUCGAGGUCGGCAAGCUUGCGGACCUGGUUGUCUGGGACCCGGCGUGGUUCGGCACGAAGCCCAACCUGGUCAUCAAGAGCGGUCUCAUCGCGUCCGCGCAGAUGGGCGACCCCAACGCCUCCAUCCCGACAGUCCAACCCAUCAUCGCGCGCCCCAUGUUCGCGCCCCUCGUGCCGGCCUCGUCGGUGCUCUUCGUCUCGGCCGCCUCCAUCGCGUCGGGCGCCAUCGCGUCGUACGGCCUCCGGAAGCGCGUCGAGGCCGUCAAGGGGUGCCGCACGGUCGGCAAGAAGGACAUGCGAUUCAACGACAGCAUGCCAAGGAUGAGGGUCGACCCGGAGAGCUACACCGUCGAGGCGGACGGCGAGGUGUGUACCGCCGAGCCGUCUGAUACGCUUCCCUUGACGCAGGAGUUUUACGUCUACUGA